GUCCUUUCCACAGGACAUCCAUCCAUCAGGGAUACUUAUCAACCCAAGGACCAAGACUGCCAGGAACCAGGGUAUUAGAAGGAGCAGCCAGCCUUAGUGAGUUGUCCCUGAAAUCAACUCGAAGAGGUUGAUGGGUACUAAGAAAAGUCUGUAGGGUUAGGAACAGGUGCACCUGUUUUACUGUCUGUUGGAGCCGACCCAGACACCAGAGCCUCACAGCUGGCCUGGGGACAUACUGUAAUAGAGUUUCACUUGGACAGAAAACACCAGCACCUUCUGAGGUAGUUGUACCCUUUUAACUCUAAUGAAGGAAAGUGUGACAGGAGGAUUUUAUAUACACACAAUUCAUGUCAGGGAAAAGUAGUAUCUGUUUGACUCCUGAGCAGAAUGAAUCACCUGGCCCACCACAGUGAAAGAUGGGGUCUAGUCCUAAUGGAACGCUCAUGAUGUCUCUUCUGAAACUCUCAUUGUGAACUAUGGAACACUCUGGUUCACCUCUGACCCCCAACCUCAGUGAUACUACAGCCAAUGACAGCCUGCGGUGGGGGCUGGGGUCGCCUUUCGCCUCGGCCCCUAGCAAACAGCUGGGCACCUUGCCCAACGCCCAGACACGCUUCAAGGACCUGUCAGGGAUAUUGUUCAUGGUGACCUUGAACGUGGUGGCCCUUCUGGCUAACACAGCCGUGCUGGUGGUGGUGGUCAAGGCCCCGCACCUCAGGAAGUUUGUCUUUGUGUGCCACCUGUGUGCGGUGGACCUGCUAUGUACCGUACUGCUCAUGCCCCUGGGCAUUGUGUCCAAUUCGCCGUACUUCGCCAGUGUGGUGUUCACAGUACUGGAGUGCCAGGUAUACGUCUUCCUCAACGUGUUCCUCAUUGCAGCCUCCAUCUUCACCAUCACGGCCAUCAGCGUGGAGCGUUACUACUACAUUGUCCACCCCAUGCGCUAUGAGGUAAAGAUGACCCUGAAGCUGGCCACAGUCGUCAUGGUCCUGGUCUGGGUGGCCUCAGGCCUGCUGGGGCUGGCCACUGUGUUCGGCUGGCCCAGCUACAGCAGCCUGAGCUCCAUCAGUGCCGCCCACUGCUCCCUGCACUGGAGCCACAGCAGCCACCGCCGGGCCUUCUCUGUCCUCUUCACAGUGGCCUGUUUCUGCCUGCCUGCUGUGGUCAUCUUCGCUGUGUACAGUAAUGUCUAUAAAGUGGCCCGCAUGGCGGCUAGACAGCAUGGACCGUUACCAUCCUGGACGGCCAGUCAUCCUAAACACCGCUCUGACUCCAUCAACAGCCAGACCACAAUCAUCACCACCCGCAGUGCCCCCAGUAGGCUGCACCACCACAGGCCCUUCGGUGGGUGCAAGGCCGCCCUCACCCUGGUGGUCAUUGUGGGCCAGUUCCUGCUCUGCUGGCUGCCUUACUUCUCCUUCCACCUGCACCUGACUAUCAACAACCAGCCCAAGAUCCCCACCGACCUAGAGAAGGCCGUCACCUGGCUGGCGUACUCCUCCUUCACCGUCAACCCUUUCUUUUACGGGCUUCUGAACCGCCAGAUCAGGGAGGAGCUGUGUAAGCUGCGGCGCUGCUACUCUGUCCGGCCCGUCGAGCUGGCCAUAUCCAGCAGCCACGAGGGCUCGGCCCACGAGAACUUCCUGCAGUUCCUCCAGAGAACCAGCUGUACGGUGGAGACCAGAGCCAGCUUUACCUGCACAUCCAGCCCCAGGAACACCCUGGACCAAACUGGGCAGCAGAUGGCUGGCUUCAGGAUACCUGGGCAGAUACCUGAGGAUUUCAGUUAAAACGCCCCUGAUAUACUAACCUGGUCCCCACUUAUAUACUGUCACUGUAUUGACACUGGUACCUGUCUGCUGUUAUUGGCAGAAGAGUUAAAACUGUUAAGCCUGGACAAGACUGGGCAGAUUGCUGGGUUGAAGAUACCAUGGCAGAUGCCUAAGGAGUUCAGUAACAAUACUUGUAGAUACUGUACGCAUGUCAUGCCACUGACAUCUACUGUAGUUGACUGCUGUAACAGUGUGGCAACAGUACUACCAGCUACACACUGCCCUUGAUUUAAAACACACAUAGACAGCACUUGGAAGGGACAACAAAUAGAGUGUUUUUCUUUUGAUAUUUCUAGUUUGUUAAUUAGAUUGAGUUUAUUCUGCAUCCAGAGGUGAGUCCAGAAUCCAGCAUAUAACUGAAGUUCAUUAUGUGCUGAAAAAUACUAUUUUCUCAAUUAUGAAUUGUGAUUUCUAGCUACAACUACCACUAAUAGAGAGACUAAUUCAGCUACCUACCACCAACCAUUCCAAUCACCUAUAUUUGUACAUAUUCUACGACCACUUCUACUACACAACCACUAGUACACAUUUUGAGUUGAAAGACAAUACAAAUUGUAUUUCCUCUGUAUCAAAUAUUCACUGUCUAUUUAUUAUUAAUUCCAAUGUUCAAUGCAGGGAUCAUUCAACAUUUUAAGUGUAACAGUUGAGUUAUUUCUUUUACACAUAAUCAAACUUGAUACUUUUACUAUUUGGUUCUCAAUUGAGGUUUAAUUGCAAUAUUCUUAACUAUAUACAGUAUGUUUCUUACAAAGCAAUGCGUUAUUAUCCGUUAUCAUAAAUUAAAGCACAUUGCAUUCAAUAGGCUACCUUUUUACAGGUGAUGGCAGAGACUACACUCUCAAAGGUGACUUCUUUCUAUAUGGGCAAGUUGAUUUAGCUUUAAU